AUGCACAUGCUUGAGCUUUUGGCACUUUUUGGAUGCACUGAUGGGCCCGCGUUGAAGUAUCGCAAAGACACCUAUCCAGUGGUCUUUAACUGCCAGUUCAUAUACCGGUACAAUGAAAUAAACCCAAACGAAUACGUCCAAGAUCUCCAGCAAAAGGUGUCGGACACCCUUUACAGCCACUUUAAUGAGAAGGUCCAUGUUUUUAGUUACCACGAAAUUGAUGAGGUGGACCAUGACCCGCCUAGAAAGGUGGGAAGAGCAAAAAACCCAAGUAUGUGGAUUAGCCUGCUAAUUGACUUUCCCAAAUAUGUCAAAGUUGACAAUACCCUGUUCAAGAGCCUCUUUGAAGACCGGACACCUAGCCUGGAUGACUGGGAGAUGUGCAAGUUUGAGGCUACAGACCACAUGAGCUUGGCACGUCUGGAGUGGUUCAUGGAUAGGGCUGGCUAUACUCAUGCACAUAACUGUGUUGAAGGGGCUUAUCAACUGGUUUUGGACAUAAUGCAUCCUCUUAAUCAAUUAUCGUUGGAUCGUUAG